CUUCUCUAUAAAGUAACGAACGCUGUGGCUGCGCCGCUAAACGGAUUUCGUUAGCGAAUUCUCUACCACUCUUUUCCCACAAGGCGGAGGCGAGAGUCGUACCUUUCAAGGUGAAGUGACAGAGACAAGAUGUGGCCCUCAAUAUUGGACGUAGCUAAAAUGAAUCCGUUCGGAACACCGUUCGUGACAGCUAAAUGUCAGGGACAGAACGAACUGACACAGUCGCUCGUUAAAAAUCGUCACAUUGCCGCUGCUUCUGUCGCACAAGGCGAUAGUUGUGAAUUUGGAUCGAACAAGUACUUCAUGCUAUGUGGUUUGGGAGGAAUUUUAUCCUGCGGUAUUACUCACACCAUGGUCACCCCAUUGGAUUUAGUAAAAUGCAGAAUUCAAGUGGAUCCUGCGAAGUACAAAUCAGUCGUCAAUGGCUUCAGGGUGACUAUGGCUGAAGAUGGAACUCGAGGUCUGGUCAAGGGAUGGGCACCCACGUUCUUCGGUUAUUCCAUUCAAGGAAUGUUCAAAUUUGGUCUUUAUGAAGUCUUCAAAGUAUAUUACUCCCAGCUAGCUGGAGAUGAACUGUCAUAUGAAUAUAGGACGACCCUCUACUUAAUUUCUUCAGCAUCUGCAGAAUUUUUCGCUGACAUUGGUCUAGCUCCUUUCGAAGCUUCCAAAGUGAAGAUUCAAACCACGCCAGGAUUCGCAAACACUUUGAGACAGGCUAUGCCAAAGAUAUCUGCGGAAGAAGGUCUAUCUGGAUUCUACAAAGGAUUGGUUCCUUUGUGGCUUCGUCAAAUUCCAUACACGAUGAUGAAGUUCGCUUGUUUCGAGCGUACGCUUGAGCUCCUGUACAAGUAUGUAGUUCCUAAACCAAGGCAAGAAUGCACGAAGGGCGAACAAUUGAUCGUCACUUUCGCCGCUGGGUACAUAGCCGGUGUAUUCUGCGCUAUCGUAUCGCACCCUGCUGAUUCCGUUGUAUCGAAACUGAAUCAAGAGAAGGGAGCAUCGGCCAUUGAUGUCCUGAAGAAGAUGGGCUUCGGUGGAGUAUGGAAAGGUCUUGGCCCUCGUAUUGUUAUGAUCGGUACGCUAACAGCAGCGCAGUGGUUCAUUUACGAUGCCGUGAAAGUGUGGCUCCGUAUGCCGCGUCCACCCCCACCAGAAAUGCCGGAAUCCCUCAAGAAGAAGUAUGGAUUAGCUUAAUUAUCAAGCGUCAACAAUAUUUUUAAUUGAAUCAAUUACAGUUAGAGAAAACGAAACGAGAGCAUAGAUAAAUUACAUUAUUUCUUCACAGUACAUUGUCGAACAAUGUUUUGCCAUACAUCUCGAGUAUUUAUUCUGUAAUACAGAUAUCAGUGCAGGUCGUCACUGCCUUCGAAUUAGAUAUAACAAUGUGCUACGAAUUAUAGUAAUUCGCUUCCGGUUCUGUGAUUACGCGAAAGAGGUGGCACAUUUAUAAAAAUCUGACAGUGACAGUGAAGUUACCUCUUGUAACCGGAAACUGUUACUUUGUACAUAGAGUGAUCACCGUAAAUAAAUAAUUCGUGAUUACUCAAUAAAA